AAUGCUACAAUGGAUUCUGGACUUGACUACUACGUUUCUUACAUCCACUGCUAUAGCGCUGGGCUUAGAACACUUCAUGAUAUUGGACCUGAAAUUCGUCGAGCUAUCUCCUGUGAUUUGCAAGAGGAUGAACCAGAACAAAAUCAUCAUGAGGAGGAAGAAGUAUAUAAAAGAAAUGGUGCCCUGUUUGGAAACCAUAUCAAUCAUGUUAGCACUGAUACAAGGGAUUCAUUUCAACAGAUCAAUACUACCCAUCGCCCCCUUCAUGUGCAAAGGCCACUGGUUUCGUGUAUGGUGGACACGACUGAGAAAAAUGUGCAUCCACCAACAGGAAACUCUUUAUUCCAUAAUCAUCAUAGCCAUCACAACCACAACUCAGUAGGGAAGCAAGUUCCAAACUCCACAAAUGCUAAUCUCAAUAAUGCUAACAUGUCCAAGAUGGUAAACAGAAAACAUGGAAGCACUGGAAGUCAUGAACGUAUGUCAGAAACUGGGAGCCAUUCAUACUCCAGAAAAGAACACCGUGAACAACGUAGACGAUCAUCCAAAAAGAGCUCGUAUUAUGAAACUUACAUUAGGUCAGACUCGGGUGAUAGACAUUUACCUACAAUUUGCCGAGAAGAACAUGAAAUUAGAGAUUAUUAUAAUGAUGAUUGCUAUCUGGAUGAUCAGGAAUAUUUU